AUGCCGGAAGUCGUACGGGGCAGUAGAGCGAGCGUCGACUUGCCGCGACCUUCCACUACAGCUCGAGUGCAUUUUGGGCCAGACACACCCAACGAACAGGAUACACAGCUACAGCAGCUGGGGUCGCGAAAUAGCGGCACGCCGAACUUCUCGAGGACAGAGUCGGAUGACCCUGCCCGACCUCUGCAGCGCCGCUCGAGCGCCAGAUACGAAGACCGCGAUGUCGCCGACGCAUACUAUGAUAGUCGAGCCGCGACGAAACGAGAGUUCAAGAGGAGAGCCAGCACUUUGCAAGAAUACUAUAAACAACACCCGGACUUGCUGCCACAGCUGCCGUUCACGUUCAAACAUGGAUGGAAACGGCUGAAACUAAUGGCCUACAUUGGCCUAAUUUUCGUGGACGCGUGUGCCAUUCCUAUCAUACUGUACUAUACCAUGAAAUUUAUUGGCCACGUCCAAGGAUAUAUCAUCUUUGCCGUCGUUGCUACGAUCUGGGGUGGUCCAACAUACGUCGAAUUUGCGGUUCGAUCGUGGCGCCUGAUCAAGAAGGAGAAUUUCUUCCGACCCCUUGACACGCAAAGCCGAUGGGCUUUCGACUAUGUUCACUACGUCUCGUCGGUGGCCAUCGGAGCCGUAACAGCAUUCCUCAUCAUCGGCUCCGCACCACACAUCGUCUGGCUACGUAUUCUUUCCUUACCUGGACCCGCCCUUCUGCUUGUGCUCGGAGUUGCCAUUCUCUGGGUUCAGAUCUAUCAUGUCUGCGGAUGGAAAGCGCCAUUCCGCCUCAGCUCCACGGCAAAGGGCGAGCCAGUCAAGCCAGGCGUCUUUUACAUCAUCGAAGAUGUAGUCGCUGUCAAUGCGGGUGCCGGCCGACCAUACCGCGAGGCAAUCAAUGCCCGCUAUGCAGCGAGUCCCAUGUUCAAACAAUUAAUGCGAGACCUUUCGUGGGCGUGGUGUAUACCCUCGGUCGUCAUCGCCAUCGUCCUGAUCGUGUUGAUCUGUAUACAUCAAGUCGACAAGGAGGUCGCUUAUGGAAUUGGCUGGGGUGUCCCCUUUUUUUAUAUGGCACUAUGGGGCGUCCUCUCCGUUCCAUAUUGCAAGUGGUACCGCGCAAAGGAACGAGCGCAGUGGGAGAACAACGUCUUCAUCGAUCCCGAAAAGAAGCUUGCCGAAAUUGAUUCAGCUCCCCCUAGCGAAACCGACAAGCCGCUGACGAACGGCCCUCCCACUACUCCGCCUGCUGCCGCAACGACUACAACUGACCAUGACGAGAAGAUCGAGGUCGACCCAGCGUAUCAACGAGAAGCAGGUGCGACUGAGGAGCCCGUGGUGCCUGUGUCGACGCCUGGCGCAGACCGCGCCAGGCCAAGAGACGGACUCCACUUACGGGUCGAAGCCAGCCACCGCGACCUCCUAACUUUGCCAACUCGUCAUGGUGUUCGGUUGUGCGAGGAUGUCUCUAAAGCGAGCGAGCGCCUAUACCUUUCCUUUCUCUGGUCUACUUCCGCAAAUAUACCCAACUUUGGAUUAUUACACCAAUAA